UGUUUGUUUGUCCACACAACCCUAAAACCCUUCACGCCGAAUAAACCCUUCAACUUCGAUUCCUCGCGCCGCUUACCCACUCUUUGAAAUCACCCGAUUAAAGUCCCCAGUUGUAACAAUCUCGAAACGACAGAGACUCUGCUAAACCCUAAUUGUCUCCCUUCUUGCAGAAUCCCUAAUCUCCUCGAACUAAUUAGCACAGUUUUACACACCCUCAGACAGCGCCACCGUCAAACGUCAUGGCUCAAGCUCAAACCACAGAGGGAGCAUCCCAGGUGGUCGAAUCUGUUAGAUUCAGUUUCAUGACAGAGAAAGAUGUUCGGAAGCAUAGUUUCCUGAAAGUUACGAGUCCUGUAUUACUUGAUAACGUUGAGAGGCCUGUUCGUGGUGGUCUCUAUGAUCCUAUCAUGGGUCCUUUAAAUGAUAAAGAAGCUUGUGAAUCAUGUGGUCAGCUCAAGCUUUGUUGUCCAGGACAUUGUGGUCAUAUCGAGCUUGUCUAUCCUAUUUACCAUCCUUUGCUGUUCAGUCUUCUUUACAAUUUUUUGCAGAGGACCUGUUUCUUCUGUCAUCACUUUAUGGCAAAAGCGAAUGACGUUGAGAAAUGUGUUUCUCAGCUGAAACUUAUUAUGAAGGGUGAUGUAGUUUCCGCGAAGCAAGUGGAGGUUAAAAGUGACAGAACUUCUACUGAGUCAGAGAAUAGUGACGUAAGCUGUGAUUCAGGUUUAACCAAUGAUUCAUCCCAAGAAUGUGAAGAUUCUGAUAUGGGAGACCAGAGAUGGACAUCUCUUCAGUUUGCUGAAGUCACUGCUGUCAUGAAGAAUUUUAUGAAGUUGUCAUCAAAGGAGUGUGAUAAAUGCAAAGCAAAAAAUCCUAAAUUGGAGAAACCUAUGUUCGGAUGGAUUCGCAUGAAAGGUAUGAAAGCAUCCGCAGUUGGAGCUAAUGUGAUUCGAGGGCUUAAGGUAAAGAAGUCCACAAGCCGUGUUGAAAAUCCUGAUGACUGUGAUGAUAGUGGUAUCGAUGCAUUAUCAGAAGCUGAAGAUAGUGGUAAAGAGAACAGAGAAAAGUCUACGGAAAUAUCUAAAGAGUUUGAACAGCAUAAGGAUGAUUCUAAAAGAGACCUUUUGCCUAGUGAGGUGAGGGAAAUCUUAAAAGAUCUGUGGCAAAAUGAGCAUGAGUACUGCUCCUUCAUUGGUGAUCUUUGGCAGAGUGGAUCUGAAAAAGUUGACUACUCCAUGUUCUUUUUAGAGAGUGUUCUUGUGCCUCCUAUUAAAUUUAGACCUCCAACAAAAGGAGGUGAUAGUGUUAUGGAACAUCCUCAAACCGUAGGACUGAACAAGGUCUUACUAUCUAACAUAACACUCGGGAAUGCCUGUACUAACAAAUUAGAUCAUUCUAAGGUAAUUUCCAGAUGGAUGAAUCUUCAAGAAUCAGUCAAUGUCUUGUUUGAUAGCAAAACUGCCUCAGUUCAAAGCCAGAAAGACGGCUCUGGAAUAUGCCAAUUGCUGGAGAAGAAAGAGGGUCUAUUUCGGCAAAAAAUGAUGGGAAAGAGAGUGAAUCAUGCAUGCAGAUCUGUUAUAUCUCCAGAUCCUUAUAUCGCUGUCAAUGACAUCGGGAUUCCUCUUUGUUUUGCUUUGAAAUUGAUAUUUCCCGAGAGGGUGACUAUUUACAAUGUUGAAAUGUUAAUGGAAGCUAUCAUUAAUGGUCCUGACAUUCAUCCUGGAGCUACCCAUUUCUCUGACAAAUUAUCUACAGUGAAGUUGCCUUCGGACAGAAAAGAACGAAUUGCAAUUGCAAGAAAAUUAGGGUCCUCACGAGGAGCCACUACAGAACUUGGGAAAACUUGUGAUAUCAACUUUGAAGGUAAAGUAGUCUAUCGACAUAUACGAGAUGGUGACGUCGUCCUUGUGAAUCGUCAGCCAACAUUGCAUAAACCUAGCUUAAUGGCGCACAUUGUCCGUGUUCUGAAGGGGGAGAAAACACUUCGUCUCCACUAUGCAAAUUGCAGUACAUACAAUGCAGAUUUUGAUGGUGAUGAGAUGAAUGUGCAUUUUCCACAAGAUGAGAUUUCACGUGCUGAGGCCUACAAUAUUGUCAAUGCUAACAACCAAUAUACUAGGCCGUCGAAUGGCGAUCCACUUCGAGCUUUAAUUCAGGAUCAUAUUGUCAGUUCCGUUUUACUUACUAAGAGGGACACAUUUUUGGACAAAGAUCAAUUUAAUCAGCUUCUCUUCAGUUCCGGUGUAACUGACAUGGCACUCAGUUCUUUUUCUGAAAAAUCUGGCAAGAAAGUCGUGGUAUCAGCUUCUGACGCAGAAUUGUUGACAAUUACGCCGGCUAUUUUGAAACCAGUGCCUCUUUGGACCGGGAAGCAGGUUAUCACUGCAGUGUUGAAUCAGAUAACCAAAGGUCACCCGCCAUUCACCGUAGAGAAAGCUACCAAACUUCCAGUUGAUUUCUUUAAAUGUAGAUCGAAAGAAGUAAAACCUAAUAGUGGAGAUUUGACCAAAAAGAAAGACAUUGAGUCAUGGAAACAGGAUCUUAAUGAAGAUAAACUGCUCAUCAGAAAAAAUGAAUUUGUCUGCGGUGUGAUUGACAAGGCGCAGUUUGCUGACUAUGGGUUGGUUCAUACAGUGCAUGAGCUUUAUGGUUCAAAUGCUGCUGGAAAUUUGCUUUCCGUUUUUAGUCGUCUAUUUACGGUCUUUCUUCAGAUUCACGGUUUCACUUGUGGAGUUGAUGAUCUCAUUAUUUUAAAAGAUAUGGAUGAAGAGAGGACAAAGCAACUUCACGAAUGUGAAAAAGUUGGUGAAAGAGUACUCCGGAAGACCUUUGGCAUAGAUGUUGAUGUUCAGAUAGAUCCUCAGGACAUGAGAUCCAAAAUUGAACGAAUUCUUUAUGAGGAUGGGGAAUCUGCCUUGGCAUCUUUGGACAGGAGCAUUGUAAAUGAUCUCAACCAGUGUUCAAGCAAGGGUGUGAUGAACGAUUUACUGUCUGAUGGGUUACUGAAAACACCUGGAAAGAAUUGUAUAUCGCUAAUGACGAUAUCUGGGGCUAAGGGCAGUAAGGUUAACUUUCAGCAAAUCUCUUCACACCUUGGCCAGCAAGAUUUAGAAGGAAAAAGAGUUCCCCGAAUGGUUUCUGGGAAGACAUUGCCAUGUUUCCAUCCAUGGGACUGGUCCCCUAGGGCUGGGGGUUUUAUUAGUGACAGAUUUCUUAGUGGUCUUCGCCCCCAAGAAUAUUACUUUCAUUGCAUGGCUGGACGAGAAGGGUUAGUCGAUACUGCAGUGAAGACAUCGCGUAGUGGGUAUCUGCAAAGAUGCUUGAUGAAAAAUCUUGAGAGUCUUAAAGUCAACUAUGAUUGUACUGUCCGGGAUGCUGAUGGAUCCAUCAUUCAGUUCCAAUAUGGUGAAGAUGGUGUGGAUGUUCAUCGGUCUAGCUUCAUUGGAAAGUUCAAAGAACUGACAGUGAAUCAAGAUAUGGUCCUCCAAAGAUGCAGUGAAGACAUGCUAUCUGGGUCCAGUAGUUACAUCAGUGAUCUGCCUAUUAGUCUUAAGAAGGAUGCUGAGAAAUUUGUGGAGGCAAUGCCAAUGAAUGAACGUAUUGAUUCUAAAUUUGUGAGACAAGAAGAACUACUGAAGCUGGUGAAGUCAAAAUUUUUUGCAAGUCUUGCCCAGCCAGGGGAGCCUGUAGGUGUACUUGCUGCCCAGUCUGUAGGAGAGCCAUCAACACAGAUGACGUUGAAUACUUUCCAUCUUGCUGGACGCGGAGAGAUGAAUGUGACACUUGGAAUUCCACGUUUGCAAGAGAUUUUGAUGACUGCUGCAGCAAACAUUAAGACACCAAUAAUGACUUGCCCUUUGCUGAAGGGCAAAACAAAAGAGGAUGCAAGUCAUAUUACUGAUAAGUUGAGGAAGAUUACCGUGGCAGAUAUAAUAAAGAGUAUGGAACUUUCAGUUGUACCAUAUACGGUUCAUAAGAAUGAAGUUUGUAGUAUUCACAAGCUUAAGAUAAAACUCUACAAGCCAGAGCAUUAUCCGAAGCACACUGAUAUCACUGAAGAAGAUUGGGAAGAGACGAUGACGGCUGUGUUUUUGAGGAAGUUGGAAGAUGCGAUAGAUAUUCACAUGAAAAUGCUCCAUAGGAUAAGGGGCAUAAGAAAUUUUGUGGAAGACACUAGUCCAAGAGCUGGGAAUGAAACUGAUAAUGAUGAUUCUGUAAGUGGAAAGCAGACUGAAGAUGAUGAUGAUGAUGGUGAGGGUACAGAGGUUGAUGAUCUUGGUUCAGAUGCACAGAAGCGGAAGCAACAAGCAAUAGAUGAGAUGGAUUAUGAGGAAAAUUCUGACAAUGAGACAAACGAACCGUCGUCAAUUAGUGGAGUAGAAGACCCUGAGAUGGAUAGUGAGGAUGAGGACGCAGAAGUUAGCAAGGAAGGUACUCCGGAACCACAGGAAGAGACUCUGGAACCCCAGAAAAAGGUAAAAACGGUAAAGAAAGUUAAAGAACAGAGUAAAAAAAAGAGACGGAAAUUUGUUGAAGCUAAAGGAGACAGAAAUAUCUUGGUGGAAUGUAAAGGAAAAAAAUUUGAGGUCCAUUUCAGGUUUUGUGCCGGGGAGCCUCAUAUUUUACUUGCCCAGAUUGCUCAGAAAACAGCGCAGAAGGUUUUCAUCCAGAAUUCUGGGAAGAUCGAAAGAUGCACAGUGGCAAAUUGUGGUGAUCCUCAAGUGAUCUACCAUGGAGACAAUCCAAAGGAGAGAAGGGAAAUCUCCAACGAUGAAAAGAAAGCCUCACCAGCACUCCACGCAUCAGGGGUUGAUUUCCCUGCACUAUGGGAAUUCCAAGAUAAACUUGAUGUCAGGUACCUGUACAGCAACAGCAUUCACGAUAUGCUCAACAUUUUUGGAGUCGAAGCAGCAAGAGAAACUAUAAUCAGAGAAAUAAACCAUGUCUUCAAAUCAUACGGUAUUUCUGUAAGCAUCAGACACUUGAACCUCAUUGCGGACUACAUGACAUUCUCUGGUGGAUACCGACCAAUGAGCCGUAUGGGAGGAAUUGCAGAAUCAACUUCACCAUUUUGCAGAAUGACAUUUGAAACAGCCACUAAAUUCAUUGUCCAAGCAGCUACUUAUGGAGAAAAGGACACGCUAGAAACUCCCUCUGCUAGGAUCUGUCUUGGCUUGCCCGCGCUUUCAGGAACCGGAUGCUUUGAUUUGAUGCAGAGAGUGGAGCUCUGAGAUAUUCAGUACACAUUCAUAUGAUCUAUUGUUUCGUCAACAAGAUAGGGAGGCUUUGGGUUUUAUGGUCGUUAACAGGGGGAAACCACCAUACUUGAAUGUUUCUCAAGUCUGAUGUCAUUCACUUUGAUGUUGAUUCGUCUGUCAAAUCCUCAGGUGGAGCCAUCUUGCUCAGUUAUCUCUAAUUUUAUAUUUGUAGUUUGCAACCUUUAUUUAGUUGUUCUGUUUUCCCAUAAGUGGAUAGAUGUAUCUGCCGACAUAUUGAGAAAACGUUUGGAGCAAUUUUGAGUGACGUCUUGAUUCUGAUU